AUGGAUCAGCUUGAUAAUCAUCCAGAGGAAGAGCCUGGACUUAAUUUUGAGCAAGCUGUUGCUGUUCAGAUUGCCAAGGAGAGGGAAGCAAAGCGUAGACAACAACAGCGCAAAACUGAUGCUGAGGAAAUGCGUGCCCGGAAAGAGCCCACAGAUAGUCUCAAGCUUGUAGGCCUGACCUCUGCUGUUCAAGAGUGGGCUAGGGCUUUACUUGGUCUUCCUCGUCAAUCCAGCACCCGGUCAUCUCCUAACAUCUCUGCUGCUGUCCUCCUGGCACGCCACCUUCCUGACGAACCAACUCCUGAAGAGGUUGAACAGUGGGCCAACUAUUCUGACACAAGGACAAAAUAUCUGGAUUUCAACAUUCAACAAAAGAUGGACGAGCACUUCAAAAAUAACCCCUCAGCAAAUGAAUCUGUCAAGCAUCAAAUGAGGAUUAUGGUGUCAAAAGAAGCUGUUCUCAUAGUCUUCCGAGAUGAGGCAAAGGAAAAGAAGUUGGUGUCUACAGAAGGAGGAAGUGACAAGCUUGUCCGCCAAAAACUUACGGAGAGGGAGAAAACUGCUUUGAAAGCCAUUAGGAAGAAGCUCUGUGAAAAACGGGCUGCAGCAGUAGAGCCCUACUUUUGUCACUUCACCGGUCCACUCAAAGUCCUGCUAAACUCUCAAGAGGUUCAUUCUGAGACUGAAAUGGACCCAGACAAGCCUGGGAAGUUUAGGAAGGUCAAGCUCAACUGGCGGACCCCCCAGCUUGAUGAAUUGAUCAAACUGGCUGAUGAUGCAGCUCCCAAAAGGGAGAGCACCAAAAAACAAAAGGAUAGACUGAAAGAAUUUUUCCAGUCCAGAGGAGGAUAUUCGCCAAAUGUUCCUGAUCCGGAAGAUCAACUUCCUCCCAAGACUCUUCCCAGAUGCCUCAUCAAGCCAGAAAUACUCACCGAAGGGAUAGAUGAGAUCACAAUUGACAGUUUGGAGUUGUCAGACACCACAGUUGACCUUAAGUCGGCCAUUGAUAUUUUGAAGACAAAGCUUGGGAAAAGCAACUCCAUGGCGUUUUCUUCCUCCUGA